AUGGCCUCUCCACAGUCUGGAGAAGCCUAUGAGCAAGAGAAUGUGCACGAAGUCUAUCAGCAGAUUGCCCAGCAUUUCUCUGCCACCCGCUACAAGCCAUGGCCCAUAGUCGAGCGAUUUCUCACCAGUCUAUCACCAGGAUCGGUGGGACUAGAUGUAGGGUGUGGAAAUGGCAAGAAUUUAAUGGUCAAUCGAGACGUCUUUAUCGUGGCUUCAGAUAGAUCUGAAAACCUGGCUCGCAUUGCGCUGCAGCAUCAGCCACAUUCGACCGUAGUGGCCGAUAUCCUGGAACUCCCACACCAGGAUGCAAGAUUUGAUUUUGCCAUCUCCAUCGCUGUGGUCCACCAUCUAUCCACACCAGCCCGGCGAACACAAGCCGUAGCCGAGAUUCUGCGCACGGUGAAGCCCGCUUCACCGACGCAGGAAGGCGGAAAGGUCCUGGUUUACGCCUGGGCACUAGAGCAAAAGAACAGCCGUCGGGGCUGGGACACGGGCGAUGCACAGGAUCGGAUGGUCCCGUGGGUCCGGAAGGGAGAUCAACCACAGACGUUCCAUCGCUACUACCACUUGUAUGAAGAAGGGGAGCUGGAACGGGAUAUUGACAAUGCGGGAGGCCGAGUGCUGGAGUCCGGGUACGAGAAAGACAACUGGUGGGCGAUCGCGACACCCAAGACGGGUCAGGCAUGA